AUUGUGUAGAUAAAUUCUUCAAUUAUUUAACACAGGACCCUUUACUCUAUACACGUUUAAACAUUCGACGUGUGACUGAAAAAUUUAUUACGCGCAAAGUAUUUCGUUGCUUUACAGCUAGAUGUAAAUAUUUGAAACAGUUAGAUCUUACAGAAAGCAACUUUAAUGUUAAUAAUUUCGUAUACUUUCUUGAUAAUUGCGGCAGAAAUUUAACGCACUUAAGACUGUAUGCCUGCAAAUCUGUUAACAGUCAUGCCCUACUUAAAACUUCAGAAAUAUGCAAAAAAUUGAAAGAAUUGGAUCUAAGUUAUUGUCGACUCAUAGACGACGAAGGAUUUUCGCACCUCGAGAAGCUGAAAAGUUUGGAACGUUUAAACCUUUGUGGUACGCGUAUAAAAGCUCAACAGCUUUGCAAAAUACUGCAAAAAAAUCAACGGAUGCGUGAGUUACAUUCCCCAAGUCUUAUAAACGAAGAAGCAGUUGUACUAGAAUUGGGAAAUUCGUGUCGUGACUUGGAAGCAAUACAAUCAUUGAAUACACGUCAUGGUAUUACACCUCAUGGUAUUAGUGCCCUCGCUAACUGUAAGAAUUUACUAAAAAUGGAGCUUAAAAUGGCAUACGAAUAUUCAGUUACUGAUGAUAGCUUAUUUAAAUUACUUUCCUCUUAUCAAAACUUGCAAGAAGUUUAUAUUUUAUUUGCUGCCCUCACUGAUCACCAGUUGGAAUUACUAGCACAGUGCAAAAACUUGAAAAAGUUAUUUUUUCGUCUUGUGAAAUUUCAUACACCUAAUAAAUAUUCCGUUAUUUUUGAACAAUGUCCUAACCUGCAAGAAUUUUGUUUCAUAAGCUGUGAUAUAAGCGAUCAAUUGGUUAAUCAAUGGAAGCAGAGAUAUCCGCAUGUGUCCGUUUAUACAUACGACGAAGACUGA